AUGCAGCAGAACCAAUACCCUGGUGUUUUCAACUCAACUAUAGGGGUUGUCUUCCUUAGAACACCUCAUCGUGGAUCAAACUCAUUUACCGAGGAGAGCACUCUUCUGACAGCGAUAGCCGCGUCGUCCGAUUUGUACAAAAAUCUUGAGACCGAUGUGCUUGAGACAAUGACGUCUAAGAACGGCACCCUCCUUGAUGUUGCAGAUGACUUUAUCACUUUGUCCGUUCAGGGAAAGGUCAUCCGGCGAGAUGACAUUGAGGAAUUCAUCGUUGAUUCAAAGAGUGCAUCCUUUGACGGCCACCCGAAGUAUGGCCUCGAAGUAGACCAUUUCAGUCUCAAUAAAUUCGACAGUCCAAAGAACCCAAACUAUGUCCAGGUACAGUCGGUAAUUGCAGAUUACUACGAGAGAGCUUUAGAAAGCGCUAGAAAGAGUCAUUAA